AUGAACCGGGAGCUGGUACACAGCUGUUUUGGUGGGUUUAAAUGUGGUGAUAAUUCUGAAUGGAAGGAGGAGGAAAUCUCUGGUAUAGCUCCUGAUGCCCUCAGGUGGCUGCUCAAACACUAUUACCAAGUCCUGGCUUUUAUGUUUGCCAUAGAAGAAAUCAACGGGAACCAAAAUCUGUUGUCCAACAUUUCCUUGGGAUUUCACAUCUACAAUGCUUAUCACAAUGAUGAGAGGACCUUGGAGAGUUCCCUUAUGUGGCUGUCAGGCCAGGGACAGACCAUUCCAAAUUACAGCUGUGAGAAGCAGAGAAAGUCUGUAGUCGUCAUUGGAGGAGCCACUUCUGAACUGACUUUCUCCAUGGGAACUCUAUUGGAGCUCUAUAAGCUCCCACAGAGUUACACUGUCUACACUGCUGUGUAUGCUGUGGCCUGGGCCCUUCAUGAAAUGUUCUUGGUGAGAUCAGAAAUGGAAUCAAAUGUAGAUGGAGAAAACAGGGUUGUUUCCCCACAGAAGCUCCAUUCCUUUCUGAAGAACCUUCAGUUUAAUGAUAGUGCUGGGAAUCUGGUUGUCCUGGAUAAGAAGAGGAACUCUGUGGCAAACUAUGAUAUUCUCAACUAUGUGACCUUUAGCAAUGAUACCGAAGUCCUGAUAAAAGUGGGAGAGUUUAUAGCUCCACUUGGCCAAGAUUUAACGAUACAAGAGCAUGCCAUUACGUGGUCCACACGGAAUAAAAAACCUCCUCAGUCCAGAUGCAACAAAGCCUGUGGUCCUGGAUUCCAGAGGAAAGCUCAGGAAGGAAGGCCUGUCUGCUGUUUUAACUGUGACCCCUGCCCAGAGAGGCACUUUUCCAACCAGACAGACAUAGAUCAAUGUGUGAAAUGCCCUGAAGAUCAAUAUCCAAAUCAAGAGAGGAAUCAGUGCCUCCCCAAAGUGGAGACCUUCCUGGCCUAUGAAGAGCCCUUGGGGAUGGCUUUGGCUUCUAUAGCUGCAUGCUUGUCUCUCCUCACAGCUCUGGUUUUCUGGGUCUUUGUGAGGCACAAAAACACCCCCAUAGUCAGAGCCAAUAACCGGGAUCUCAGCUACAUCCUCCUCAUCUCCCUUUUCUUCUGCUUCCUCUGCUCUCUGCUCUUCAUUGGUCGCCCAACAGCAGCCUAUUGCCUCCUCCGACAAACAACCUUUGGAGUCAUGUUCACGGUGGCCGUCUCCUCUAUUUUGGCCAAAACCAUCAUUGUGGUUCUGGCCUUCAGAGCCACCAGACCAGGCAGCAGGGGCAGGAAAUGGAUGGGAAGCAGAGGCCCCAUUUCUGUUGUUCUCUUUUGCACCUUGAUACAAGGCAUGCUCUGUGGAGUCUGGCUGCUGCUCUCUCCCCCAUUCCCAGAAGCAGACACACACUCUGACCGUGAGCACAUCAUCCUGGGGUGCAAUGAGGGUUCCCUCAUUGCCUUCUAUUUUGUCCUGAGCUACAUGGGAGUCUUGGCCCUGGCGAGCUUCGCCGUGGCCUUUUUUGUCAGAAAUCUCCCUGACGCGUUCAAUGAAGCCAAAUUCAUCACCUUCAGCAUGCUGGUGUUCUGCAGUGUCUGGGUCUCCUUCCUCCCCACGUACCAGAGCACUAAGGGGAAGAUGAUGGCGGCCGUAGAAAUCUUCUCCAUCUUAAGCUCCAGUACUGGCUUGCUAGCCUGCAUCUUUAUCCCCAAAUGCUAUGUGAUCCUUCUGCAGCCCCACAGGAACACCAGGAAAACCUUAAAGAAUAAUGUCAAGUCUUGAGUGCACAAUUAUUGUGAAUUGUUCUGUGGAACU